AUGAAAAGAAUGAGAACGGUUGCAGACUCUGAUAGUGAUGAGAGAGUCUCAACAUCACUCUCUACAUCAGAGAGUGAUGUUGAGAAUUCGUAUAACACUGACAACAAAGUGGAAACCGAUUCUGUGUCAAAGAGUGACUCUGAUAAUGUACAUGAUACUAGUAGUGAAGAAGGUGAUGAAUACGAAAGCGAUCCAUGGGCUCCUUUAAAAGCAGAAGCAACCAAACAAAGUGUAUCGGAAUUCGAAGAACUAAUGCAGAAUUUCACUGCAGAAGGUUUUGACGAAAACGAAGCUAAAGACAAGGCAUAUUUACUUAUCCUACCAAAACUUCGUAAAGAUUUGCAGAAUAUUUAUUUGGAACGUCUACAAUGGCUAAGACAUCUACAGAGAGAUCCAAAUGCACAAAAAGAUUAUGGAAACCAGGGAUGUCUUUGUCAAUGAUGAUAAUUUCGACCACAGGGAAGCGUUAGAGGCCGCUAUUGACAAGAGAAAAUUUCUUUGAAAAGACUUUUCAGAAACACACAGUAUCGUAGUGACAUUGACUCUUAAUGGUUGUUUGUGUUUGAUUUAUAGAAAUAAAAUACGAUCCUGUGUGGUAGCUAUUUUCCCCUAACCCAUUUCUCGAACCCUCUCCCAAGUCCCGGCAAACCUUCAAAAAAGCCUUUGGGGCACAACUAUUUAAUGUUAGGAAUCAGUUGACAUUUAUCAUUUGACAUUAUGCCUCGGAAGUGUAAAGAUUGUCCCAUCUACGGCAAGCGAGCUUUAAAAAGAUUGGCAAACCAUUUGGCAGACGUCCAUGAACUUUCGUCCCAAGAAAGACAACCUUAUCUUAUUCGUGCUAACCCAACAGCUUUAGACUUAGAAAAUGCUUUAACAGAGUUGUGUAGAUUAAUUGGGAACAGCAAAAAGCAGUCAAAGUGGAAUAAAAGCGGGAUAAAGAAUAUACCCAUCCGUCAACCAAAAUCCUCCAGGAAGAGAACAAAAUCAAAUACGAAAUAUGCAAAGAACGUGGACAAUACAGAAAUGAAUGAUGGCUCAAAGGAGUGGUUAAAGUUAGAAACAAAAACGGGACAAAACUCUUAA